AGGGCGGGCGGCCGCCGCGGGGCAUUGUGGGUGGCUCCCUGUAGGUGUCCGGGCGCGGGGCAUUGUGGGUGGCCUCCAUUAGCCGUCCGGGCGCGGGGCAUUGUGGUGGCUCCUCUAGCCGUCGGGCGCGGGGCAUUGUGGGCGGCUCCCUGCAGCCGGCCGAGCGAGGGGCAGCAAAGAUUGCCGGAGCGAGACAAUGAGCCGUUCUCCAACCCUCUGGCCCCGGAUGGCCACGAGGUGGGACGGAUCCCCACUCCUUUCCACCAUUCGAAGCUGACAAAUGAAGACUUCCGGAAGCUUUUGAUGACUCCCCGGGCCACUCCCACGUCGGCACACCCCUUCAAAUCUCGCCACCAUGAGAUGCCCCGGGAGUAUAAUGAAGAUGAAGAUCCAGCCGCCCGCCGGAGGAAGGAAGAAAGUUACUACGCCAAGCUGCGGCAACAGGAAAUGGAGCGGGAGCGGGAGCUGGCGGAGAAGUACCGAGACCGGGCCAAGGAGCGGCGGGACGGGGUGAACAAGGACUACGAGGAGACGGAACUGAUCAGCACCACUGCCAACUACCGGGCCGUGGGCCCCACCGCCGAGGCGGACAAAUCGGCCGCGGAGAAGAGACGGCAGUUGAUUCAGGAGUCCAAGUUCUUGGGUGGUGACAUGGAGCACACCCAUUUGGUGAAAGUGGAUUUUGCCCUCCUCCAGAAGGUGCGCGCGGAGAUCGCCAGCAAGGAGAAGGAGGAAGAAGAAUUGAUGGAGAAGCCCCAGAAGGAAACCAAGAAAGAUGAAGAUCCGGAGAACAAAAUUGAGUUUAAGACACGGCUGGGCCGCAACGUCUACCGCAUGCUGUUCAAGAACAAGGCGUACGAGCGGAACGAGCUGUUCCUGCCCGGCCGGAUGGCCUACGUGGUGGACCUGGACGACGAGUACGCGGACACGGACAUCCCCACCACGCUCAUCCGCAGCAAGGCCGACUGCCCCACCCUGGAGGCGCAGACCACGCUGACCACCAACGACAUCGUCAUCAGCAAGCUCACCCAGAUCCUCUCGUACCUGCGGCAGGGCACCCGCAACAAGAAGCUGAAGAAGAAGGACAAAGGGAAGCUGGAUGAGAAGAAGCCCCCUGAGGCAGACAUGAAUAUCUUCGAGGACAUCGGCGAUUACGUGCCCUCCGCCACCAAGGCCCCGCGGGAGAAGGAGCGGGAGAGAUACCGCGAGCGGGAGCGGGACCGAGAAAGGGAGCGGGACCGCGACCGCGAACGGGAGAGGGAGCGGGACCGCGACCGUGAACGGGACCGGGAGAGGGAGCGGGACCGAGAGAGGGAGGAGGAGAAGAAGAGACACAGCUACUUUGAGAAGCCCAGUGACGAUGAGCCCGUCGACACUGAUAAAGGCCCCGCGUCCGCUAAGGAGCUGAUCAAGUCCAUUAAUGAAAAGUUUGCCGGAGCCGCCGGUUGGGAGGGGACAGAAUCUCUGAAGAAACAAGAAGACAAGAAGCAGCUGGGAGAUUUCUUCGGCAUGUCCAACAGUUACGCCGAGUGCUACCCGGCGACGAUGGAUGACAUGGCCGUGGACAGUGACGAGGAGGUGGACUACAGCAAGAUGGACCAGGGCAAUAAGAAGGGCCCACUGGGGCGCUGGGACUUCGACACCCAGGAAGAGUACAGCGAAUACAUGAAUAACAAGGAGGCCCUACCCAAGGCCGCCUUUCAGUACGGUAUCAAGAUGUCCGAGGGGCGGAAGACGCGACGGUUCAAGGAGACCAACGACAAGGCAGAGCUGGACCGCCAGUGGAAGAAAAUCAGUGCGAUCAUCGAGAAAAGGAAGAAGAUGGAGGCCGAUGGGGUUGAAGUGAAGAGACCAAAAUACUAGCGUGGAGCCCUGCCCCAGCCUGAAAACCUUCCCCGAUGGAUGGGGGGGGUGGGGUGGGGGAGAGAAUGUGUGCAAUCACCCCAAGUGUUUUCCCUUGUGCUGUACCCCGAGCGGCUCACGGUGUAAAUAAGUAAGAGACGGCAUUAGAGUCCGGUAACCGUUUAGUUCUAUUAAAACUCCAGUUUGCCGCC